UUUCUGAGUUGCAAUCAGCCUCCUGAAACUCACCCGCCUGGGAAUUCCUGGAAUUUGGACCCAGUAUUACCUCAUGGGUGGAGUUCAAAACCCGAGAAGCCACAAUGGAAUGAUGGGACCCCAGGUGAGAAGGGGCAUCCAUCGAAAUGUCCAAGGCGGGUUCCCUCCUGUGCACCCGAAUGUUUUGCACGAGGAAAUCCAAAGGAUGGGCUCUCUUUUAGAAAUGGAGAGAGCCCACAGGUUUGAAGACAAUCAAAGACUGGCCCAGCUGGAAGCAGAGCUGGAAGAAACAAAACUCCAGUUAAAAAGACAGAAAGCUCUUAAAGAAGUGUUCAUCAACAAGGGCAAAGAGACAAAGAGGGAACUCGAGAGAAUAGAGAAGCUUUGUGAUCCAGCAGUUAUUAAUGCUGCGAGCCUCGCUUCCAAGGUUCACAACGAUAUGAAAUAUAAGAACAAGAAGAUGCUCCAACAAGACUUUGUAGAAUUAAAGAUGGCCCACCUCCUCAGCCAGGAAGCAUUUACAUCAGAAAUCCAGGCUGAGAAAGAAAAAAGCAAAACCCUUCAAGAAGAACUGGACAAACUCCAGACUUCCCACGAGGAGCUUUGCUCCAAGUAUGAAUCCGACGUUGCUCUGGUGAGGCAGGAGGCCGAGAUGCAAAAGAUUUAUGAAGUGAGGGUUAGUGAGGUACAACUGGUCCUUGAGAAUCUAAGAGCUGAAAAGGACAAUAUGUUUCAAAAGAUGUCAGAAGAGAUUGCGUUUCUGCAAAGUAGCGAAAAAAGUUUACAGGCAGAAUUGGACCAGGUGAAACGUUCAUACGAAGAACUCAAUCAGAAGUAUGAAAAAGAUGUUUCUGGUCUUAAAGCCCAAGUGGAAACGUAUGACAAAGAGCUAGAGCGUGAAAGAGAAGCCAGUUCAGAUAGAGCAAACAAAGACCUAGAGGAAAUCAACAAACUGAGAGAAGAUCGAGACUUUAUCUAUGAAUCAAUGACAAAAGAGUUCACAUUUCUGCAAAUCAGUGAACACAAUUUGCAGGUGGAGUUGGACCAGGUGAAAAGUUCAUAUGAAGAACUCGAUCAGAAGUAUGAAAGAGAUGUUUCUGGUCUUAAAGCCCAAGUGGAAACAUAUGAGAAAGAGCUAGAGCGUGAAAGAGAAGCCAGUUCAGAUAGAGCAAAGAAAGACCUUGAGGAAAUCAACAAUCUGAGAGAAGAUCGAGACUUUAUCUAUGAAUCAAUAACUAAAGAGUUCACGUUUCUGCAAAGCAGUGAAAAAAGUUUACAGGCAGAAUUGGACCAGGUGAAACAUUCAUAUGAAGAACUCGGUCAGAAGUAUGAAAGAGAUGUUUCUGGUCUUGAAGCCCAAGUGGAAACAUAUGAGAAAGAGCUAAAGCGUGAAAGAAAAGCCAAUUCAGAUAGAGCAAAGAGAGAUGACCUUGAACAAAUCUACAAAUUGAGAUAUGAAGCAAUGUCAAAAGAGGUCCAGACUCUGCAUCAGAAAUUCAACAAGAUCGCAAAAGAUUUAAAAUCUAAUAUGGGCCAAUAUGAAACAAGCCAUUCUUCACUUAUACAGAAGGUGGAAAAGCUUCAGACAAAGAUAAUUCAGGAGACAAAAGAACACUUGGAGAACGUGGUGCUUCUCAAGAAUAUGAAAGCCAUAAAUGCCACCCUCCGAGAAAACACGGCAAAAGAGAUAGCAUUACUGCAAGAGAAGGAAAGGGAUGCGCAGACUGAGUUAGAGAAGAUGAAAGAUUUAUACCAGGUGCUGCAUUGUAGAUAUGAAACCGACAUUGCUGCACUGAAACAAGAAGUAGAAAACUUUCAGCAA